AUGGAUUUCAUGCCAAAACUGAUUAUUUGUUGGGGGAGUGCUUAUCCUAGAGAUUGGGAUUAUAAGAGGUUCAGGGAAGUUGCAGAUAAGUGUGGGGCUCUUUUGCUUUAUGACAUGGCUCAUAUCAGUGGACUUGUUGCUGCUCAGGGUGGCCCUCACAACCCCCGGAUUGGUGCUCUUGAUGUGGCAUCGCCUGGAUUUAAGGCCUAUGCUAAGCAAGAUAGGGCUAAUGCAGUUGCCCUUGGCAAUUAUCUCAUGAGCAAAGGUAUUUACAAUUUACUGAGUGUUAAUCUCCAUUUUUUCCGAACAUCUGAUGUUUAUGCAGGGAACAAGGUAGAGAAGCUUUGUGACCUAUGCAACAUUACUGUUAACAAAAAUGCUGUGUUCAGUGACUGCAGUGCAUUGGCUCCAGGAGGCGUUCGCAUUGGUGCUCCUGCCAUGACAUCAAGGGGGUUGGUUGAGAAAGACUUCGAGCAGAUUGCUGAACUCCUCCACAGGGCUGUGACCGUAACUUUGAAUAUCCAGAAGGAGCACGGUAAGCUUUUGAAGGACUUUAACAAAGGUCUGGUGAACAACAAAGAUAUCGAGGAACUCAAGGCUGAUGUCGAGAAGUUUUCAGGCUCUUUUGACAUGCCUGGCUUCCAGAUGUCUGAGAUGAAGUACAAGGACUAA